GGAAGCGUAGGAGGCGUUAGCAAGUGUGCUGAUAGUGAGCGACAUGGCAGUAGCUCCAUGGCGGCGACGGCAAUGGACGAGGGCACGGUAACCGGCGCGAGUGCACGCGGCUUGGCGCUCACCACGACGACAGCAGCAACAACAAAAGACACACAUGAUAAUGCCGAUAGCACCAGCGGUGUUGGCAACGCAGCCAACAACAAUAGCGGCAGUAGCAGCAACAACACCAAUGCACGUUAUUUAAGCAAUCUCAGUGAUUGCCAGAAUGUGAGCAGCAGUGGCGGUGUUGGCGGCUCGGGACGCGGUGGUAGUAGCGAAUUGGGUGGCGCCACUUCCGUAGUCACGCCCACCAUAACCCACAUCAAACAGUCGCCGACGUCGCCAAGUCCGAUGAGCACUGGCGCUGCUGAGGCAACCACAGUUGUCUUACAGCAGCACCAACAACAGCAUCACCAUCGACAAUCAGACGAGUUAAUGUAUGGCGGUGCGAACGCGUCUGCUUCCGCAAUAGUUACACAUCCGCACUCGACAUUGUCAACGCUAGAUUUGGCACACCAGCAGCAGGUGCAUACGCAUGCGCAUGCGCAACAACAGCAUCAACUGCACCAGCAGCAGCAACAACAGCAACAAUCACAACACUUGCAAAGGCUUGGCAGCUUAAGCAACAUCAACACGUCGGCCACAAGCGCAGCAGCAGAUGCAGUUUCCAUCAGCCGUGGAAGUCUCGGUGUAGGCCCUAGCGCCAUUACUCAUCCCAGUUUGUUGACCGAGCGUCCACCACCACCGCCAUACCACAGCAGCAGCAGCAGCAACGCCGCCAUCAUGACUAGCAAAGUAUUCCAUGCGGGCUCCUGUGCUGCUACCAGCAUGGAAGCAAUUAGCGGCGAUGAGCCGCCCACCGCACGUCUCUCGGCUUACGAACAGUUUCUGAAACUUUCCGCGCACGAGUAUGGGACAACGACGUCGGUCGAUAAUGCUGCAGUGUUGAAUUUGAGUAACAUCGGCAAGGCGGCCGACAGCGAUCUGAUGCUGCGACAUGUUAAUGUGGCAGCAGCCAUGGCUGCCGCGGCGGUGGAAAGCGUCGGUGCGGUGGAGGGUAGCAGUGUUGUUGGCACUGAUGGUUGCAAGCGGAAUUAAUUUGUUGCGAUCGUUUUUGUUUUUGUGAGUAAGAAAAUUGCAUCGUUUACGAAAAUCGUUUUAAGGCAGCGUGACCGCAGGAAAGGACGCACUAUUUACCGAAGCGACAGACAUUAAUGUCUAAAAGCUUCACAUAAAGAGAGCAGUAUCCCUUGAAAUAACUGACAUUUCAGAGGUCCACCCCCAACCAAAUUAAGGAUUUUAUGAAGCCUCUUUAGAAGAGUUUUCAAUUCACUGCUUUUUGAAUUUUUUGUUUACCAAGUUUUUUACGACUUCCCUUACGACGAUAAGUAGCGUCUAGAUGAGAAUGAAAAAUUAGUUCCCUUUAUUCUCUUCAUAAAAAAAAAGAAGAUGGAGGAGAAUUUCCUACUAACAAAAAAAGGUUUACUGUACUUAAAGUUUCGUUUACAAAAAUUACCAUACUUGGUCUACUGCUUAAUGUAACGCAUUCGCGCAGUAUAUGCCAAACAGUUCCAGGCUCCAUUCUCUACGUCUCCCUAGGGCACCAUUCUCUACGUCUCCCUAAAAGAAUAUGGCCUUUAAGUAUCCCCAAGCAAAUGAUAUUUCCCUCCUUUUUACGAGAGAAGCUUCAACGAACUCUCCGUGUCCCACUUUGAUCACCUUAGCUUGGCGGAAAUAUUUUCUUCUUCAUUGCUGUCCAGCAAUCCAGUGCUCCAUUGUCGUGGAGAGAGACAAGGCGAUAAGCUGCAAGUGCAGCCACCAACUUCUUGCUUACACUCCACCGAGGUCAGGUUUUCUUCACCUCCUUCAUCAUGUUGUUGUCCACCAACGCGAGAGAGCCCUGAGACAGCACCUUCCUUAGCCAUGCUGUUUCGCUGAAGCUCUCGAUUCUACUAGGAAAAUUCUGCCACGAGCUUCAGACAUACAAACAUACAUUCGAGAGCAGUCUGGAAUGAAGAAUGGCUUUCAUAGGAUCAGGCGAUAUCCCAACGUUCGUUUAAAAAGGUAAAUAGAAGUCCUGCUCGUCGAAAUCGAAAAAAGUUUAUGAUCCUGAAAAUGGAAAACGCUGAUUAUAAUAUUUACUUACCCUUAAAUGUUUAUUUCAAAUUAUUUCGAAAUCGGUGUUUAAUAUUUUGUGCAAAAUUUUUUUUCGAGAUU